AUCGACGAGUCACAUCAUAUCCUCAUAUCCUUCAUUUUCUGCUUUUAGAUUUUUAAAUUGUCGUGCGACACCAGGCAUUGUCAAACCAGAAUAAUUCGAACGAAAGUAUCACAAUUGUCAACUGAUAACCCGAGAACGAGUCCACAGGGAUCGUUAACGAAGAUAAUAGGCCCAAUUAAAAAAGAGAAUGGAACAGAAUGCUUCGAGCACUGCAUCUGAUUUCAUGGCCAUCGCUUCCCGAUGCAUUGGCUGCGUCUGUGGACCGCAUGCAAACGAAUCAAUUAUUUGUACCUAUAGUCAGUGAAACACAUUCGGAAGAAUGUUCGUAUUCAUACAGGCAAUUAUCUCCAAAAUUAUUCGUUUCAAUUUACUUUGUUUCGAGGAGGACAUCUUGCAGUGAGCCGCAAAUCUUCGUUCGUGGUGGACCGUGCUUCCGAGGUUUCCAAGAUUUAGCAUGGAAUUUUGUCGAUUGUGCUUCUUUAAUACGCAACUUCGUCUUAAGUAAUCAUCGAGUAUAGUUAAUGACAUAGAAUUUUAAUCUUUUGGAAAAUUUUCCUAUUUUAUAAACUUUCGUUGGCCUCUUGCGCUGGAAUGACGCGCCAC